AUGGGCGACUGGAACUUCCUGGGCCGGUUGCUGGAGAAUGCGCAGGAGCACUCCACGGUCAUCGGCAAGGUGUGGCUGACCGUGCUGUUCAUCUUCAGGAUCUUGGUGCUGGGGGCGGCGGCCGAAGAGGUAUGGGGGGACGAGCAGUCGGACUUCACCUGCAACACACAGCAGCCGGGCUGCGAGAACGUGUGCUACGACCAGGCCUUCCCCAUCUCCCACAUCCGCUUCUGGGUGCUGCAGAUCAUCUUCGUGUCCACACCCACCCUAAUCUACCUGGGCCAUGUGCUGUAUCUGAACCGGGUGCGCGCCAAGCGCAGGGAGCGGGAGGAGGCCCUGCUGAAGGGGGGCAGCCUGCAUCUGGGGGUGCCCCCUAGCAGCCCUGAGAGCAGGGUCAUGGGGCAGCAGGAGGGGGGCAGCUUCCACAUGGCCGGGGCUCUGCUGCGCACCUAUGUCUUCAACAUCCUCUUCAGGACGCUGCUGGAAGUGGGCUUCAUCGCUGGCCAGUAUUUUCUCUAUGGCUUCCAGCUGAAGCCUCUGUUCCGCUGCAACCGAUGGCCCUGCCCCAACACCGUGGACUGCUUUAUCUCCCGGCCCACCGAGAAGACCGUCUUCAUCAUCUUCAUGCUGGUAGUGGCCUGCAUGUCCCUCCUGCUCAACAUGAUGGAGAUCUACCACCUGGGCUGGAAGAAGUUCAAGCAGGGCCUGAGCAGCCUAUAUAGUCCAGAUGCACCUGAGCCCAGGCUGACCCCCUCAAAGCCCGCAGGGGUCACUCCUGGGCUCCUCUCGCAGGGCCCAGCUGCACCGGUGACCAUCAGAUUCCCACCCUCCUACACUCACUCUGCCUCUACCCUGGGACAGGCCUCAGGCUCUCCUGAGGCUCUGCCACCAGCAGCCACAGACCUCAAGGCGCUGGCUUUGUCCCAGGCACCAGGCAAGAGCUAUGCUGCCAAGUUCUCCAACAGCCACCACCUGUUCAUGGCAGAGCAGAACCGGGCAAACCGGGAGGCAGAACAGCAUAGUUUGGCUAGGAGGGCCUCUCCUCAGAGGUCUGCCCCUGUACUCUCAACCCCCUCAGGUAGCACCCUGCAGCAGUCCUCAGAAAGGGGCUCAGAGGAUCAGAUGCCAGCACUGCUGAUAAAAACACAGGAUCCAGUGGGUGCAGUGCAGAUACCAGCGCUGCCUCUUCUUCCUAACACUGGCCGAUUCAGCAACACCAGCUGUGGGAGGGCCAGACACAGUGACUUGACCAUCUAG